GCGCGGGGAGGCUCUACUCUGACUUUAUCCAGAAGACAAGGGAGAGACAGGGCCUUAUUGUCCCGCAGGCUGAAAGCGGCCGAGGAGGCACCUUAGGGGAAGCCCGAGAGCAGCAGCCCCAUCCUUGAGGCGGCCCCUUCGUAAGAGCCUUUUCUCCUAGGUUGGUUUGAAGCCCAAAGAGACCAGCCAUGGAUUUUCAGCACCGUCCAGGAGGCAAAACGGGCAGCGGAGGCGUCGCCUCGGCCUCCGAAAGCAACAGAGACCGCCGAGAGAGGCUGAGGCAGCUGGCCUUGGAAACCAUCGAUAUCAACAAGGAUCCCUAUUUUAUGAAAAACCACUUGGGGUCGUACGAGUGCAAGCUCUGCCUGACGCUUCACAACAACGAGGGAAGCUACUUGGCUCACACGCAGGGGAAGAAGCAUCAGACUAACUUGGCACGCCGCGCUGCUAAGGAAGCGAAGGAAGCCCCUGCUCAGCCUGCGCCCGAGAAGGUGAAAGUCGAAGUCAAGAAGUUUGUCAAAAUUGGACGGCCGGGUUACAAAGUUACCAAACAGAGGGAUCCGGAGAUGGGCCAGCAGAGCCUCCUCUUCCAGAUCGACUACCCAGAAAUUGCGGAAAGCAUAAUGCCACGGCAUCGCUUCAUGUCGGCAUACGAGCAGAGGAUCGAGCCCCCUGACCGGCGCUGGCAGUACCUCUUGAUGGCAGCCGAACCCUACGAGACCAUCGCUUUCAAGGUGCCAAGCAGAGAGAUUGACAAAGCAGAAGGGAAAUUCUGGACCCACUGGAACCGAGAAACCAAGCAGUUCUUCCUUCAGUUCCAUUUCAAGAUGGAGAAGCCUCCCGCGCCCCAGAGCAUCCCCGCUGGACCAGCCACCGUGAAGAGGCCUCCUCCUCCGCCCCUCAUGAACGGCUUGCCCCCCCGGCCCCCGCUCCCAGACUCACUCCCUCCACCGCCUCCUGGGGGCUUGGCUAUGCCCCCCAUGCCUCCCCCCACUGGGCCCGUGCCCUUGCCCCCCGGGCCACCUCAGCUCCCGCCAGCUCCCGGCGUCCCUCCUCCCGCUCCGAUGCCUCCGAUGCUGAGACCCCCUCUCCCCACAGAGGGGCCUGGGAACAUCCCCCCGCCACCACCCACCAAUUAGGAAGCCCGUUUCAUUUCAGGACUCUUUUGCACCCAGAAGGCCCCGUCUGGAUCCCGUUGGUUGGUUGGUUGGUUUUUUUAAAAAAGCGACUCUUGUCUGAAUUCUUGUAGAUUGAUUAAAAAAAAGAGAUCUC